AUGACUGCAGCAGAGGAGCCUGCGACCUCCCUGCUGGACGCCAUAGAGCGCUGCGACGUGGAUUCGGUGCGGCUCCUGAGCAUCGACCAGGAGCAGAUGUGCACCACGAGCAGAGAGGAGGCGGCCACGCCGCUCCACAUCGCCUCAGAAUGCGGCGGACCAGACAUAAUCCAGGCGCUGCUGGAGGCGGGGUCCAGCAUAUCCGCGCGAGACGCCAAGAAGCGCACGCCCAUCUUCUACGCGGUCGGCGUCGGCAACCUUGACGCCGUGCAGGCGCUCAUCUCGGCGGGCGCGGAUGUCAACGAUGUGGACGAGCGCGGCUUUGCGCCAAUCCACGUGGCCGCCGUGGGGGGCUUCCUGGACGUCGCCCGGGCUCUGCUGCACGCCGGCGCCUCUGUGGAGUCCAAGGACCACAGGGGGCGAGGCCCCAUGCACUACGCGGCGUCAUGCGGCAUUGUGGACAUGGUCCUGUUCCUGGCGGAGUGCGGCGCGGAGGUGAACGAGGCGGAUUCACGAGGGGACGGCCCUUUGCACAUGGCCGCCAGCAAAGGGCGGGCCGAGGCAGUGGAGGCGCUGGUGGGGCUGGGCGCGAGGGUGGACGCGCGGGACGCGCGGGAGCAAACAGCGGCCUUCCUCGCCGCCGCGAACGGGCACGUAGACGUCAUCAGUCGGUUGCAUCUGGCCGGUGUGCCCGUGGACCACCGCUGUCACCUGGGGAUGACGCCACUGCAGGUCGCCGCCACGAAGAACCACGUCAAGGUCGUGGAGGCGCUGCUGGAAGUGGGCGCCGACAUGGAGUGGCAGGACGACAGCGGCCGCACGCCGCUGUUCUCUGCGGCGGGCAUGGGCAGUGCGCACGCCGUGGGGCGGCUGGUGCAGGCGGGCGCGGCCGUGAACGUCGUGGACGGCUGUGGCGUGACGCCCCUGCACGUCGCCGCCAUGGGCGGGCAGCUGGACGUGGUGAAGCUGCUGGUGGCGGCGGGCGCGGAGGUGGGCGCGGAGGACGACAACGGGUGCAGCGCGGUGGUGCUGGCAGUGGCCCUUGGACACUCCGAAAUCGCCAAGUUUUUGAUGGGGGACAAUGUGUAUUAG